AUGAAGAACAUCGGAGAUUGCCCUACCCACACUUCUGGUCUGCAGAUGCUUUGCGUUUCGUGGGUUUUCACCGGAAAGGACUUGAGCGAGAAGCAAAAUGCUUGGGGUCCAGCUUAUGUGGACGAGCAGCUCUUCCGUACAGAUGAGGUGACCUCUACGGGCCAAGCCUUGGGCAUUGUGGUGGCGGAGACUUUGGAGGCAGCUGAGAAGGCGGCACGUCUCGUGAAGGUGCAAUACUCCGACCUAGAGCCGAUCAUCACUGUUGAGGACGCGAUCAAGGUUAAGAGCUUCAAAGACAAAGUUCUGAAGAUCGAGGAUGGAGACAUCGAGAGUGCCUUCAACCAGUCCGACUCAGUCAUCGUGGAAGGCGAAGUUCGUAUGGGUGGCCAGGAGCAUUUCUACUUGGAAUGCAAUGCUGCCCUGGCCGUUCCGGGUGAAGCUGAUGAGCUCACAGUCCACGUGUCGAGUCAGACCGCCAACAAGACCCAGAAGUUUGCCGCCAAUGUCUGUGGCAUCCCUUGCAGUAAGGCACCGGAGAGCACAGAGCGAGAAAACCAUAGGCAGUUUAAGCAUUGA